AUGUCCACCUUGCAGCCACCACCACGCCACUCGGGGUCCGCCUCCACCUCACGCGCGGCAUCCCCAGCCCCCGACUCAACAUGGAAGACCCGGAUGAAGGCAACCGGCGCCCGGUGGGGUAAGGCCGCCAGCGAACGCGCAGUCAAGGUCAACGACUACGUCGGCCCCAAGAUCAACACGUUCGCUGAGAACAAGUUGGGGACGCACGCGUUCUGGCCCGUCACUGGCGACUUCGCAGCCGAGAUGGACAAGGCCGCCUCGAUCCUCCGCGAGUUCACAGUCUCGGGGGUAAUGACAACCGACAAGAAGACGAAGCGCAAGGUCCUGCGCAAAGUGCCUCCAUCCGUGCUCAAGGAGGCCAAGGGCCUGGCAAUCUUCACGAGCAUGCGCAGCGGCAUCGCGCCGAUCGGAGGCGCGGGUGGUGCGGGCGUGGUGGUCGGGCGGUUGGAAGACGGGUCGUGGUCUGCGCCAGCCAGUAUUUCGCCACAGAACCUCUCAACGGGUUUCCUCAUCGGCAUCGACGUGUACGAUUGCAUCUUAGUGAUCCGCACGCAGAAGGCACUCGAGUCGUUCUUUGGGCACAAGGUCACGCUCGGAACUGAGAUUGCCGUCGCAGCCGGGCCCUAUGGUGCAGGCGCGGGGGUGGAGGCCGGUCGCGAAGCCGCACCAGUCUUCUCGUACGUCAAGAGUCGGGGGAUGUACGCCGGCGUGGAGGUGGUUGGGCAGGUAUUCGUCAGUCGCUUCGACGAGAACGCCGAAAUGUACCACUGGCCGGGAGUCAAGGCGGGCGACAUCCUCACUGGCAAAGUCAAGAUGCCGCGCGAAGCUGCAGAGCUGCAGUCUGCUCUGGAAGAUGCGGCAUCUGGACGCGCGCAGGUUAGCCAGGGUAACGAUCUGGACGAGCCGGUUGACGAAAUAGCGCAGACAGUAGUGCUCGAGGACGGCGAGGUUCUCAAGUUACCACCGACGCCGGUCCAGACGACAGGACGCGAAUACGAAUCGGACCCCGAGACCGAGACGGUCAUCCGUCGCUCGCAGCCUCCCCGCCUCCCGCCGCGGAGAGACGGCGCACCACCACCUCUUCCACCACGCCAUCCACGGCUUUCGGGCGACCUCGAGCCCAACCUCCUCGGCUCGGCGUCGGUCGGCGCAAGCCCACACGGCAGUCCUCUCAUUGCGCCGCCCCUCCCGCCCCGCUCAAACGCCAGACCGCAGAGCAUGGUCAUCGCGCCGACCGGGCUCGCCCUCUUCACUUCCCCCGCCAUUGCGGUGGGCACCCUCGAGGCCGCCGCUCAAUCAACCGAUCUGCCGCCGAGCUACGAGACGGCGGAGUCGCUGCCACCCGACGCCAACGCCUACCUCGCACCGGCGCCCAAUGCGCUUGCUCCACCCUCGGCGGGCGCGUCACCUGCAUCUAAUUACAGCACGUACGACGACGACGUCGACCAUCUCAGCCUCUCCCCCGCGCCCGGGCCAGCGCGUAUCCUAGAGCCCAGCUCGGCGGUUGAGCAGAACCCCGUCGUGCCCGAGGGUGAGAUGAGCGAGAGCGAGCGACGUGAAUGGGAGCAGCACUGGGAGGCGGAGCGGGUUAAGGCUGCGGCUGAGGACAAGCAGAAGGAGGAGAGGUUGUGA